AUGGCCCCUAUCACAGUUAGCAACCAACAAUGUGCCCCUUGCCCGCGAACCAUAGGCAUAUCUCUCCGCGAGUACCUCGUUGGCAUUGGCAGUCGACAAGGGUCCUCGCCCAAACCAGUUGAAGCCUUGCCUAGCCCGGCCUCGACAGCCUGCUACACACAUUAUGGUGAUGCUCCCUUGAGUGCAGAACAGUUUGAAAUAAUGUGGCAGUUCGGUCGCUUUGCGAAGACGGGGAAGGUUGUGGGGCUGGGCCAUCGGAUACGGUUGAGGCGGCGCGUUCUGCCUUCAAUGGGUCUAGUCGUACCUAUGCCUACAGGUUGGACUGAGACACAUUUCGCUCUGUUCUUUGAGGAGUAUUGUGCGUUUAAAACCGCUGCCAGUGCUACGAUUGAUGGCUUCAAUAAUGUAUCAACUUCGAAAUGGGGGGGAUGCAGCCCAAACUGGCUUUCCAAGCUUGACCUGACCCUUGACAAUCUUAUUGAGGUGAAGGAGAAGACGAGACGAGAGAAGGCAAAGGUUGUCGUCACCACCGUAAAACGCCCGGAUAAUAUAUAUGGCCUACGUCGUUUGAAUCGACUCCGCCCUGGUCAACGUCGUUUGAAUCGACUCCGCCCUGGUCAACGUCGUCAGGAUAGUAAACACCACAAUGACCUAUUAGCCCAGUGCGCCGAACGAGCGAAAUCUCGUGAGAGAAAAGUUUCUACGUCAUCGUCGGAGGGAUUCAUUAAUUUGAAGAAUGGCCGAAAUCUCUUUAUCAUUUCUAGGUAA